GGAUACUUUCGCUUUCACAGCAAAGUGAAAGUAAAGUCCGUCCGUGUGUCUGUGCGUCUGGACCGAAGCUUCUCUGUGGCUGCUGGUCUUUGUUCGAGCUUUGAACUCACCUGGCGCACUCUCUGCUGAAAGUCCCUGUUUGUUCUGUACAGGCCUGGAAAACACACGCAGAUGAGUCAGUGAAAGUAUCAGGACCGGUCUCUGAAAAAACUGCACCUGAGUACAAGUACACAGGUAGGAACAGCAGGAAGUCCUCCUCCAAUCAGAAAUGGGUUUUUGCUUCUUGAGAAAGCUGAAUGUUCAGUUUCUUUUCUCUCAGUUGUGAGAGUCUUUGUAACAUCACAGCUAGUCUGGAGCCAAUCAGGGUCCAGUAUGCAACUCACUCACGUGUGAUGUGGCAGCUUGAAUCCUCCAGUGUUCAUACAGCAGUGCUAAUUAGCUAGCAUGCUAACACUCUAACUAAACAUGGUGAGCAUUGCCUGUUAGCGCAGAUGUUAGCUUGAUGCUAGCAUUUAGCUCAUAACAACGCUGUGUCUAAAUACAGACUCUUAAUGCUGCUUUUCUUUCAGACAUGAUAUCAUUUCUUUAACAGAUGCACCGAUAAUCAGCCCUGAUAUCGACACCUGGGCUUCGGGUAUCGGCUCAGAGUCCCUGAGUUAGCAUCAGACCAGUAUUAAAUAUCUGUAUCAGUAUGGAUGCAUCUCUAGUUUCUGUUCAUGUGUUUUGCAAUCUGUAAUGUUUGUGAUCUACUGUGGUGUUGGUGGUGGUGGGUUGGAGUGAGGGUCCGACCUGCUGUAUCACCCAGAGUCCAUUUUUUGUGUCAGUCACAGGUCAAACUAACAGCUCUCAGUGACACACUUCCUGUUCAGCUCCUGUCCUGAAGCCUGCAGCGAUGGCCGGGCAGCGUGACCACCGCAACGACAGCAGUCAGAUGAAAGAGCUGCUUCAGUUUGACGAGCUCCCACUGCAACAACGUGAGCACGAGCAAGAGUGCAGCAGCAAGGAGAGCUCGAGUCUGGCCGGCUGCUGCUCCUCCUCCUCCUACUCCACCCCCUCCUCCUCCUGCGCUCCCGCUAGCAGCGGGGCUGUAGGUGGUAGAGGGGCGGAGGAGGACGAGCCGCCGUGUCCUCAGAGGGACGACGGCGCUUCAUCCAGCUGUCUACUGGACGAUCUGAAGAGACUUCCACGGUGCAGCAACAAGCUGGGACACCUGAACUACAGCAGGAUGCACACCGUCCUCGUGAACGCGGAUAUUUUCAACUGUGGAGGGGCGCUUGUACCUCUGGAAGGAAGAGAUGCCUGGACAAGUAACUUUGUGAAAAUGCCGUGUUCACAAGCGAGUGCCAUGACCGUCAAGACCGGACCCAUACAGCACAAGGAGAGGAGGUGGGAUGUGAUCUCCAAAUACCUCAGAGGUCUGGCCAAGAAGCCAGAGGCGAGCGUCGAUGAUGUGGAGGCAGCGAUCAUUAAAUAUAACCCGAAGUAUAAAGGUCAAUGGUCCUUUGAUGCCCUGUCUUCCUUCGUUAAGUGUGUCCCGAAAGCAGAAAAUUACUACGACAAACUGUUUCCAAAGAUCGCCGCGUUGGCGUUGCAGUUGCCUGAUUGUGUGAAGAAGCCCAUCCCUCUGCUUCAGAGUGGAAACCCCGCGAGCAUCACUCUAUCGCAGGUUCAGAUCUCCUGCCUGCUUGCUAACGCAUUUUUCUGCACUUUCCCUCAUCGCAACACCAACAGCUCCACCGCAGAGUACCACAGCUACCCCUCCAUUAACUUCACCAGUCUGUUUGGAAACUGGUCAGAACGGAAGAAAGAAAAGCUGAGGGCCAUCAUGCAUUACUUUAAAGUGGUUACAGAUAAGAACACUGAACCUAAAGGACUGGUGACGUUUGAGAGGCGUCUCCUCCGAGACACGGGCGUGCACAACUGGAGAAGCUGUAAGGAGACGAUGCCUAAACUGCACGUCACAUCACACGGCACCAUCGAGACCGAAGGUACAGGUAUGCUGCAGGUGGAUUUUGCCUCCAGCUGGAUCGGUGGAGGGGUUCUGGGCUCUGGUCUGGUGCAGGAAGAGAUCCUGUUCCUUAUUAAUCCAGAGCUGAUUGUGUCCCGUCUCUUCACUGAGAAGCUCGCCAACAACGAGUGUCUGGUCAUUACAGGCUCUCAGCAGUUCAGCUGUUACUCCGGCUUUGGUGACAGCUUUGAGUGGGCCGGCCCUCAUGAAGACCGCCUCAGAAGAGACGAGUGGGCUCGGCUGCAGAGGCAGAUCUUAGCCAUCGACGCUCUGCACUUCAGGCACAGGAGGGAUCAGUUCAGCAUGAGCAAGGUGACACGAGAGCUCAACAAGGCAUACUGUGGAUUUAAGGGUUAUGGGAACAAUGAGCCGGACAUCGCAACGGGCAAGUGGGGCUGUGGUGCUUUCAACGGAGACCCACAACUCAAAGCUGUGAUCCAGCUGAUGGCUGCAGCAAAAGCAAACAGAGGACUGGCCUUCUUCACCUUCCACGAUGAAAUACUGAAGAACGACCUGCAGCAGAUUCACCACCUGCUGGUCACAGAUGGAACUACAGUCGAGAAACUAUUCGGACUUCUGGAGGACUUCUGUGCUGCUCAGCAGAUACCAGGUGGUCCACGUGUGGAUCUGUUCACGUUCAUCAGGAACAGCAUCAGAGGUUCCAGGAGUCUGCUGUGAGGACACGUUCACGUCCACAGCUGCAUCUGAAUUUGCACUAAAAUCUAGCAAUAGUUUAAUAACAGAAAUGAAGGAGCACCUACUUAAUUUUCAUGUCUAUGCUUUUGUUUUUUGUUGAUUAUGAUUAGGCCUUUUUUUUUGCAUUUUGGGGCAACGGAGAUCCAGAUCUGGAACUGAACCAGACAUGUUGCGGUUACAAGGUCUGUGUGCCUGAACCAUGGAUGCAGAUUUGGUUGUGGAGGUAGAGGAGGCAGUUAAUGGUUAGGGUUAAAUCAAAAGCCCCUUGAGGUAAACUGUGAUUUGUGAUACAGGGCUACAUGCUGUUAAUAAGUCAGAAAGUGUGUGUGUGAGGCUAAAAGUAGCUUGUUUAUCCUCUGAAACUCGGCCAGUUCACUCCUCAGAAUAAAUGACGUUUCACCCUCAACUUUAAGACUCCCACAGUUUUGGUCUGAAAGUGAUUGAUAAAGCAUUUUAGUGCUAUAAGUGUCUCCUCAGUGUGAGAGAAGUUUGAGGUCCAGAGGACGUCUGAGUCACAAACACUGCUCAGUUUAUCAGCUGCUGGAAGUAACACACCUUGACACUGUCCCAGACUCAGGACUAGUUUUAGCACUAAAAUGUUGUGAAUUACUUUCAGGCGAGAGUCUUUGCAUUAGACUCACAGUGACUGACAGCAGGUCCUGAUGCAUGAUGGUUAAUGUUGUAUUUACAUCUUUACUGUUGCUGCUUUAGCUUUGUCUGAUGUACAGUUUUAACAUUCUGACCUUUGAGGGCAGAACUGCUGUGAGUGAACGGUAAUGAUUAAAGUCGACCAAGAUCAUCUGAAUGUGUUGUUUAUAUUGUGUCUGUUCAGCUGAAAUACACACUGUACGAGUUAAACUACAGUUUCUCAGUAACACAGCAUCAUUUCAUGUUAUAGCCGAUUAAGGAUUUUUUUAGAACCUGAAAAAACGGCACUUCUCAACAGGAGCUAUAAUCUUCAUUUAUUGAAAAGAAUAAAACAUACAACACUGUAUGAAAAUAAAUACAUCCUUCAAUCUGA